UCCAUCUCCACUCUUCCCUCUACAAACUGGGGCUCAUCCCUGCUGAAAAGCACAGUCUAAGAGCAAGGGAACAAAAAAAAACAUGCUUUCACAUAAUACCAUGGUGAAGCAGAGAAAACAGCAAGCAUCAGCCAUCAUGAAGGAAAUCCAUGGAAAUGAUGUAGAUGCCAUGCACCUGGGCAAAAAAGUCAGCAUCCCCAGAGACAUCAUGUUGGAAGAAUUAUCCCAUCUCAGUAACCGUGGCGCCAGACUAUUUAAGAUGCGACAAAGAAGAUCUGAUAAAUACACAUUUGAAAACUUCCAGUAUGAGUCUAAAGCACAAAUAAAUCACAACAUUGCCAUGCAGAAUGGGAAACUGGAUGGAAGCAACUUGGAAGGUGGCUCACAACAAGCCCCAUUUACCCCUCCCAACACUCCGGAUCCACGAAGUCACCCAAAUCCAGAAAACAUUGCACCAGGAUAUUCUGGACCACUGAAGGAAAUUCCUCCUGAAAAGUUCAACACCACAGCUGUCCCUAAGUACUAUCAGUCGCCCUGGGAACAGGCCAUUAGUGGUGAUCCGGAGCUUUUAGAGGCUUUAUACCCUAAAUUUUUCAAGCCUGAAGGAAAGGUAGAACUGCCUGAUUACAGAAGCUUUAACAGAGUUGCCACCCCAUUUGGAGGUUUUGAAAAAGCAUCAAAAAUGGUUAAAUUCAAGGUUCCAGAUUUUGAGCUUCUACUUCUAACAGAUCCCAGGUUUAUGGCUUUUGCCAAUCCUCUUUCUGGUAGACGGUCCUUUAAUAGGACUCCAAAGGGAUGGAUAUCAGAGAAUAUUCCUAUAGUGAUAACAACUGAGCCUACAGAGGAUACCACUGUACCAGAAACAGAAGACCUAUGAGAAAAAGUUGUAUGUGUCACAAAACCUUCUA